GCAUGUCAGUUGCUCGCAUUGCAAAUGGCGGCACCUUGUUAUUGUUCAUGGCGUUUUAUGACUUGUCUCUUUACAUUAGCGAUUAUGUCGAGUUUUUUCGCGAUCCCUGCCGCGCGCUGUGUGCUAAGAGUGAAGUAAGGCCCGCGCGGUGUGUUUUAGGUUAAGACCAGUGCCCGGGCGGUGUGCCUCCGUGCUGUACGGACGCGUGAAAUCCCGCACAGUAUCGGAAAGAAAUGGGUAAACACGAUUAGUAGUACUGGUGUGAUUUGGAGCUGUCGGUGUAUAACUGACACACGACAUCUCAUCAUCACACACAUAUUGGAGCAACACCCUGAGGCGUUUUUAAACUCUCUGGGUAGUUAUGUGAUUUGUGAUUGUCAUGGCGGCAGAUAGUGAUGGUGAUCUGAUUGAGACGGUGGUAACGUGUGAGGGUGACCUUGGAGAUCCAGAGUUUCCUCAGAAGUUUCAAAUCAUUGUGGACCGUCUCAACGCUUUGCUUUGCAAAGAAAAGGGAAAUGGUCUGAGAGUAAAUAAAUUAGAACCAUGGAAUUCUGUCAGAGUAACGUUUUCAAUACCCAGAGAAGCUGCUUUGCGGCUUCGGGAGUUAGCAGCCCAAGGUUCUCCAACACUUACACAACUUGGCAUACUCUCAGUACAGGUCGAAGGAGAUCAGGUAAUAUCCUUGAGGAUAGCCAGUCGUUUUGGUGGAGACGCGCAAGAAAUCGUGCUGCAUUCUGGAACUACGCAAGAUGGCGGAGCAAAAUCACAAGGCGAUGCUACUAGUAAUACAGCUACUGCUGACGCUAAUCCUUCAGCAGCUUUGCCUGGUCCUAGUAACGCCACCGGCAUUUCGUCAGCGUUACGUAAUGUUGCUCAGAUAAUAGCAGCUGGAACAUCAUCAGAGAAAGCUCCCCAGUUUCGUUCUCCGAAUGUAGUCGCGCCCACAGACUGUGAUCCUAUUCCACCGUUUCUUGCGAAAUCAGUACAGUCCACGUCAGCGAGCAACGUUGGCAUUUCUGGAAACCAACAAGUAGUUAAUCCCAAUGCAUCGCCUAGGAACAACUACAACGGUCCUUUCCCAUUCGCUAGUAUGACGCAUGCUGCCCAAGCAAUACAAAGUCGCGAGUCGCAGGCCACAACAAUCAAGAAUACGAUGCAGUUCAAGCACACGCAACCGCCACCCCCGUAUCCAUCUCAGGAAAAUUUGGCGACAGUUACGGCACUUACGACUGGUCAUACGACAACCCAACCGGUUACCGUCGGACAAUUGACGAGUCAGUACAAGCCCGCGUCGAUCGCUACGACAUCUAGUCUGUCACCAAACAACAGUGCCAAUUUGGCAGGGAGUUCGAACAGUAGCGGAAAUCAGGUCGCUUUGUCCAGUCCGUUACUCGUGAAUCUUUUACAAAACGACGCUGGUUCACACGCGAAUAACGUCAUACCUGGUCAGAAGAUGUUACCGCCGGCAGUUAUCGACAAUUCCGGACUUACCAAUCGUAUGAGACCCACUAAGAAACCUACUGUUAGAAGGAAAGAUCUCCCAUCGUCCAGCGAAUCUCCGCCGAAUUUGGAUACGUUGAGGAGCGAAGACGUGAUUGCAGGGACGGCGACGACGACUCCGGUUCCCGACUUACCUCAGACUCCCGCAACGUCGGCAUUCGCAACUGUCAACGCUAAUCAGCCGUCGACGCUUCCACCGCAGCAACAUACGAUCAACGUGAUCGGUGGUGGCGCCGGACAGAGCAUGAUGCCACCUCAAGUGGUUCAUCAAGUGCCGGCCGGUGGACAGAUGCAGCAACAAGCCACGGCUUUACACAAUCAAGUACAAACGCAGCAAAAGUUUCCCAUUAGGCAAGAAUUGGCUUACAGGACUUCGCAGAUCCAAAUGCAGAAUCAGCUAUCUGCCAGGCAUCCGGUGAAUGGGCAACAAAUCAGAGCGCCUUUGCAACAACGGCAGUUGCUGAUUCAGCAACAGCAUCUUCUCACCCAGCAGCAACAAAUAAAUCAACAACAGCAAAUCGUACCGCAAGUUCCGGUGACGCAGCAAGCCCUACUCCAGCAACAGAAUACGAACGCAUCGUUGCAAACCACGCCUCUUAGCAAUCAACCGCUGUUACAACAGCAACAACAAAAUCAACAACAACAACAACUGCUGCAACAUUCAACGGCAGGCUUAAGCGUCCCGCAACGGCUAGGUUACUUAAACAAUCAACGUCAGCAAACUCCUCCGCCUUAUCCACGGCAACCGGUCCCGCAGCAAACGCAUUUAACUCAACAGAAUCAAGCUCUCAAUGUGCAACAGCAACUGCAUCACAAUCAAGUGAAGAACAUCAACAUCAACACGAGCGCGACUACUGAUUUUCGUUACGGGCAGAGUCAAAAUAUCCUCAGUAGAAAUUACCAAUCCCCCGCAACGAGCAAUGCUAAUGGGACCACGUGGAACGCACAAAGCAAUUCUAUUCCACAAGGUGCUCAAGUUAACACCACACGUCUGUCAGUCUCGAAUCAGGUUUCAGGUGCCUUUCCUCAAUGUGGGUCUCGUAUUAAUAAUUCUACUACUAGCAUUGCUCCGUCUGUCAACAAGACGGAAACUUCCGAGUCUUCGAAACCGGAAGAAGAGGGUCCGGAACCAGAGCCGGAGUACACUUCGACCGGGAAAAUACGACAGUUUCUAAUCAAUCCAUUAACAGGACACCUAGAGCCAAUGUCCAGUGAAAGUUCAGACUCGGAACCGGAGAGUGCAGUAGACAAUCCGGACGAUUUCUUUUCCUUUCCGUCUCCGUCGAACGACAGAUCAAACUCUAUAUUCUCCGACGAUGACGCGGACAGCAACUUCUCAAGAAGAAACGACACGACGACGAAUACGGAUCAGUCCGACUCCGAGACAACGGCGAAGUCCACGGCCAGCGAAGGAAGCUUAAAGCACAGCCGAAUAAAAUCCAGCCGAGAUACCGCGCACAGUCCGAUGCCGGGAGAAAAAAUCAAAUUACGAUUGAAAUUGGAAAAAUCGGAGCCCGUUACACCGGCUUACAAAGUCGACGUUUCUUUUGUGAACACGCCGCCAAUGCGGAAAGCUGACAAAUCCGUGAAUAAAAUUUUUACGAGUGGUGUCCCGAAUACGGGGACCGGUGACGAGCCGCUGCGAGUGCCUCCGUUACACAUUUCUUUAAGAGGACGUAACGCUUCAGUAGUACAAAGGAAAAAAGAAAAGGAUGAGAAUAACGCGAUGAAGAGGAGGGGGAAAUUGAAGAAGAUGAAGGAGUGCAUUGAUGGGAACAAGUUGUUGCAAAAGAAGACGUUGAGCAUGAUCAUAGGCGCUUCAUCUGCAUCAAAGUUACCUGUGUCUAAUUCCGCAAUGAUAAACAGUGCUAACAGCGUUUGCAAAGUGGGCAACAUGUUGCAAGCUGCUGUGGCCAAACCGAAUGCCUUAAAACAAGAGCUAGUGGACGCUGUACGGCUGCAAACUGGUAUCACUACUAAACCGAGCUCGAGUAAAAAUAGCGACGUAGAUGACAUACCGCUGAAUAGUAGAAUACCGUCUCCUUCGAAGCAUAAACCGAUGAUUGCGAAUCAACCUUUAAAUACUCCGCAAGCUUUAACGAAGAGUCAGGUGGAUCUCGAUGCACAAAACCACAUGCAAGAACAUAAAAUAGGAGGAGGUAAGACGAAGAGAAGGGAUUCUAAGAAGAAAUCAGAAUCUGGAGAUAGUAUACAUCGGGAACAAAAUCUGCUGUCGGGAGGUCGAAUUUUAGAUAAUCAAACGAAAUGGAAGAAGUUUGGCUAUAAGGGCGAUGCAACCCAAGCGAUAAGAAAAUCGGAUUCACUAUUAACUGGGAGUGAUUUUGCUACAGUCAAGAAGGUUGGCGAAAUCCGAAGGACGAGUGAUAGCGACAUCAAUAAAUCAGCUAUUGAAAAGAGUAAUUCGCUGAGUAAUGUUGCUCCUAAGCUAACGGAGCUUAAUGGCGUGAAGAAAGAUUUAAUGAGCCAAGACAAGAGAAGAAGAUUAAGUUUGAUGGAUGAAAAAGAUCUGCAUUUAGGAGAAUCUCCAAAUACAGAGGUUACACAUUUUAACAGUCAGAAAGCAGCCUCUGAGUGUGCUGCAAGUACAGUACCGAAUAUAAAAACAAACGCCAGUCUGCCCUUCGAGAGCGAUUCCGGAUUGAAGUCGACAAAUCCAUCGAUGCAGCAGGAUGACUCCAGAAAUCCAUCUAAUAAUCCCGAGAAUAAAAUGCCUGUGCAUACGGAGACUACGACAAAAAAUUCUCAAACAGCUCUGACCAGGAUACUCACUAUCAAGAGUAAAUCCGAUAUGGAGAGUUAUAUCGCCACCGUUAAAAGUCAAAGCAUCAGUCAGAAGCUGAAAAAUCAUAUGAUUGUGAAGAGUGAAGCGAAUUCCGUCGUGAACAGGCUCAAAACAAUCGAACAGUUAGCUUUCAGUCAUAAGAAGACGAUUCAGAACCAUGUUGUGAAGCAAAUCGACAGACCGACGACGGAGGGCAAAAUAGACAGUGCGCCGCAGAGGAUCAGUCUGCUGAAAACUGCAACACCAGGUUCGGUGAUCGGUAAUUCGGUGGACCAGGUCUCCAGAGCCCAGAAUAUCGACGUAACCGCGAACAAGCCAAUCUUGCCUAUUGGUGAGAUAAACGUAACCGAGGCUAAAGUGAAGCAGAAGUUACUCGAAAACACAACCGUGCCGAUCGGUAUCGGCGUCGACGCGAGCAUCGAGAGAGUCGGCAGCGGCGGUGGCGGUGAGGACUCGGGCAUCGAGUCGAUGGACGCUCUUUCGGAAAAAUCACCGAAUCAAGGCGAGUCUCCUUUGCACAGGCCAGCAUCGGCGACCGAAUCAGUGACACAGAGCAGCGCCAAGAAUGUAAUACAGGGGGAACCUCCUUCCCUAUCAACCACCAAUAAGAACGUGCCUUCCUCAACUAGUAGUAGUGAUAUGUGUUCAAAUUCCCAUUCGGAACUUCUCAAGUCCAGUGGCCCACAAAGCUUAAGUCCUGUGUGCGUAGCGAGUUAUCUUGAAAAUCAGUUGAAUCGCAAUAUAUCAAACUCCAGUGAGCACGACGCGAAGGGUGUGUCUAAUGAGAAAUCAUCGACAGUUCCGAGAACUGGUGGUGGACAUAGUGAUUCGGUUGCUAGUUUAGAUACUGCGAGCAAUGACAAAAGUGCGCCCAGUCCCUUAACGACAGGAACAGUUACUGUUGUGACAACGUCUGUAACCAGCAGUAUGAAUAGUGAUAAUAACUUAUUGCAAUGCGCGCAUCAGCAGACGAAGGAUUUUUCUGAUAAAGACAGUUCUAGCGUUAAAUUAGAGGGUACCGUUAACCAAAAUGAUCAGGGUAAGGCAAACUCUAAGCACGAGGAGUCGGGAACUGUGGAAAACGUAUCUGAGGACAGCACGAAAGCGAUUGUAGAAAGUAACAGUGCAAUUAGAUUAAGCGAAGAACCUCACGGACAGAAUAAUAAUAAUAAUGGUGUGCCUAUAAUACAAAAUCAUGUUGCUUAUAGUAAAGUUGAAACAGUAAAGCUCGAUAGUGUGCUCGCGAACAGUACUAGCGCGGCGACGGAUAACUCUUGCUCGAAAGGCGAGAGUUGCAAUUCAGAAAUCAAAGUAGAAUCUAAAAUUAACGUAAAAGUGGACGAUACCAGGCAGACUGAUCGGUUCGAGGUUUCAAAAAAUGGUAGCGUUACGGUGAACACAGCCACCGUUAAGUUAGAGACGUGUACCGACCAGAGUCAGAAGUGUAGUAAUGUACAAAGUCAUCAGCAGAUCACUCUCAGAGAGCCUUCCGUGAAUCUUCAAAAAGUGACGGACGAUUUGGUUAAGAAGAUGGUUAAUGAUUCGAGUGAUCUGAGCGUGGGUAUCCAGUCGCCCCUCGGUGAAGAUCCGCAGCCUAUCAGGAUUACACCGCCCUUGUACACAUAUUCCAAUCCCGUGGUUCUGCAGCGCGACGAAACUCCGAGUCCGGCAGCGCAGAAUCCUGAAGUGGAUUCCAGCGACGUGGAGCAUCUCAAGCGUAAACGCAGGAGGAAGCAGGAGCUUGAGGGUCGACAGGACGUCAUAUGUAUUGAGGAUAACGAUGAGGGACACUUUGUGGAGAGACUAAACUCGAACAGCUCGGAGGAAUACAUCAAGAGGCCGGCCAAGUCACUGUUGGAGCAGCUUCUGAUUGAUAUUCCGAACGACAACAACGAGAAGAGAUCGCUGAGAACGAGAUCGCAGAAGUUGAACAGCCCGGAUAUCGCGAAAACUCCGAAAAGCAGCCCUCACGGUCCUAAUAAAUUAGAGGAACGCCGUAGUAUAUCGCCGUACGCGAAAGCAAGUCCGAAACUGGCAGUGUCGAAACUGUCUCCUAACGCGACAAUAAAAAUAGGGAAACGGAAAAGGCAAGAGAGCGAGAGUUCCGUUGCAUCGAGUACAGCUGACGAUCCACAACCAAGACCAGGUAAACGGAAAUGCUCAGAGAAUGCUGCAGAACUUAUUAAAGCUUGCAUGGGUGUAGAAGAGGCUGGUUCUAUAAAGAAACAAGUACCUGGAAAGGAAGAGCAAUCAAAGAAGGGGUUCAACAUAUUGACAAAGGCUAAGAAAGGUCCCAUUGUGCUAGAAGUAAAUUUGUCUGAUGACGAACCGUUGAUUGAGUCUGUAGGAAAAGCAAGAGUACGAUUGUCAGAUGAAACACCCGCUGCUUCCCCAAAGCCUAAAGAUCAAAAUAAUAGAGUGCAAAGAGAGAGCCGUUUGUUAACCACCAAGCAGCCGAGUACGGUAAUGGCUACGACAACGACAACGACGACGACGACGACGACAACGACAACGACGACGGCGUCUGCGUCAGCGUCAGCGGUGCAAGCGGCGACAGUGACAGCUGCGACGACGGCGACGGCGACGGCAACGGCGGUGCUGGCAACAACAAUGAUAACGACGACGACGGCAGUGACAGCGACAGCGACAGCGACAGCGACAGCGGCAGCAGCAGCGGUGGUGGUGACGACGGCGGCGACGGCGAUGACGACGGCAGCGGCGAUGACGACGGCAGCGGCGACGACGACGGCAGUGACAGUGACGACGGCGGCGACAGUGGCAGCGACGGUAACGGCAGCAGCAACGGUAACGGCGGCAGCGACGGCGACGGCGACGGCAGUUACUGUCGGGAAAGAGAGAUUACGGGCCACUUCCACAUCCAGCAAUGAGACCGCGGGCGAAGUAACGACAAGAAGGUCUGUACGGCAGAAUACAGCUUCACCGCUAGCUACACCAGCAAGUAAUACUAGAGGCGCGUCCAGAUCCUCGGACGAUAUUAACAGACGGAAAACUCGCAGUGGAGCUGUAACAGCGGAAACAGCGGAGCAAGCAAAACGGAGGCGAAUAUCCCGAGAAACCAAAUGACCUUCGGGAAGUGACCUUGACAGUGAUUAGCUACCGUCGCUCGUCAAGGCCUAUCUAUUUGAUUGUACAUCUGAUAUAAAUGGGUAUUUGAUUGCCGUGUGGCUGGAUUCCACCUGGUGAAACUGUAUGCGUCACACUAGCGCACAACGUUGCUGUAUAUGUAUCGGGAGUAUUGUGUCAAAAAGAAAUGCUGGACAGCGUGAAAGUAUUGUGCUAUAAAUAUUUGAACGAUAUUACAUUAAUUACACAUAGCUUUUCUCAAUUUCUCUUUAUAAUAUUUUUCUUCGUACAUUUCUUCUUUCACUUUUUUUUGUAGGAUUUAGAUUUAAGGAUUAUAUUGUUGCAAUGUUUAAAAAGUUUGUAGAUUUUAUGAACUAUUACUUGUGAAUUAGUUAUGAAUUAAUUAUGAAUUAUUAAUUGUUAUAUUCUUAAAUGUUCAAGAGUAGCACGUUCAAAAAACAACUAACUUCUUUUUCACCUUCUAGCGUUCUUAUUCACACUGUACUCCUAAUAAACAGCAAGGUUUAGUUACUCAGAUUGAUUUGCUCAAUGCAUUACAUUAUGAUCUAAGUAACUGAACUAACCCAAAACUGCCGAGACAUUAUAUAUAACUUUCUUUUACCAGUUAGGUGUUUCAUUCUCUCUGCAAGUACUAGUAACGAUUUCAUUUUUUAAUGUGCAAUUUUCUAUCGUCUAGUAGUGAUAAUAAGGAAAAUAAAACUUAAAAGCUAGCUUUAGUAAGAUUUAAGAAAAUUCAGAUUCGAGCUAUUUAUGUUUUGGGAAUCAUCUUUCAUGUAAUUUCUUUCGUUCAUUGUAUCAGUACAAAAUAAUAAUGGUAAAAGAAAGUCCAAAUUUUUAAGGCGUUAAAAACGUAAAUCCGACUGUACUGCCGUAAGUAAAAUACAUAUUUACCGUAAAAUAAAGUUUACGGACAAAUUUACUAACUGGUGGGGCUUAGAUCGCUACUCUGACGACUUUGCUGAUAGACUCUGUUUAAACAUGUCCAAUUUGUGUAUACAUAUUUAUUUAUUGUGUGUUAUCUAUCUGUUACGAAAGUUUUCUGUACAUACGUGUAGGUAAAGUGCACAUAUAUAUGGAUUAAUGAAAUAUCAUGGAUUUUUUGCACGAAUUAGUUUUUGCCAUAUGCUGUAAGCUUUAUAUCAAGACACACAGCAGUAACGCUUUCGUACUUAUCUACGCAAAAGAUGAACGUUUUUGAGAUGUUUGGUCCGGUACUUGGAUAAUUAUAUCAUACAAUAUUACAUCUUGGGUAUCGGAAUAUGCCCAACACAUAUAUUAACAAAGAAUUUAUACAUUCUUAUUAUACAUCAAACUGUAAUAAGCGUAAUGACAAACGUGAAAGCUGCUUUUCACAUUUGUAAUUAUAUUUCAGAGACAUAUAUGUAUAAAUGAUUUUAUUCAGCAAUUUAGCAAUUAAGUUUGUAGUCACAUUAUUGUAACAUUUUCAUUUUGCAGACUCAUAAACAUAGUCUUUCAGUAAGAGGUUCGUCUUGAGUUACAAUAACGCAAAGGUCGGGGUAUAGGACUUUUACAAAGGAUUUAUUUUAUUUAUGAAACGUGAACACAGUGAACGUUGGAAGACAUGCAUAAAUAUGUGAAGAUGAUAAGAAUUAUUAUAAGAAAACUGAUUAAUACAAUGUUAAUUUGAUAGGUAAUAUAUGAAUGAAUAUAUUUUGUAAAUAAUUUCUUGUAAAGAUGGACAAAGCACCCCUCCCAUUGUAUAUAUAGAAACUGUGUUUAAAUUUUUAUUAAAUUAGUAAUAAUAUAUAUAUAUUAAAGUCGUGCAAAAAGUCGUAAUUGUCAUUAUGAAUUACUCUAUCGCGUUCAUGUAAUUAAGAGAGAAAGAGAUACUAACUCUUCUUAUACAAAUUUAACUGCAUUGAACUAUAUGUGCAUACGUAUAUACAAGAUUGUAAAUCUAUGUAUGUGAUUUAUAUCGAUUAUUGUUUUUUGUGAACAGAUAAUCUAGUUUUAUAUAUUGUAUAAAUAUAACUUAUAUAGUUGACAAUUUAAAGUUCUAGCUAAGCCUGCUGUAGUCAUCAUGUAGCACUGUCCACAAUUUUCAUGAGAAUAUGCAUUUGUUAUCCAGUUUUCAGUAGUAGACGUUCUUUCCACACAACAAAUUAAAUUUAGGGUUGUUUAAUAACUAAUAUUUCAUUGGGUGUCAAUUAUGUGAUUACUAAUUGAUACUCAAUAAUUAAAAUCUAAUAAAUAAUAAUUAUUCACCUUAGUUAUGUUCCUACAAAUCUACAAAUAUUCUUUAGUUCUCUGUAAAAGUUCAAGUACCUAUUGUGAAGUAUGUUAAACGUUCUGUAAACACUUAACCUGUGAAAUUUCAGUAUAUUCAGAUGAAUACUCUAAAUAUACGUUUUCUAUUUAGAGUACUCAUCUGCGAAUGUGAUUAUAAAUCGUAUACCACUGUCGAUGUGUAAACAAUGUUAAUGUGGAUCAAAGACUAAGUAACUGAGUUUAAUUUUACACAACUAUAAUUUAUUCUUGAUCGUAACAAUUCUGUAUAAAUCUCCGGUUUCUUGUCUCACAGACCAAGUAAAUGUUUAUUAUAUAAAAAGAAAGAUUGUCGCUACAAUUGUUACAAGCAUAGAGUGUACAAAGUAUGAUAAGUGCAGUGCUCAAUUACAUAGCGCGCGUAAAAAUUUUCUGAUCGACACUUUUCCCAAAGGCUAGAUGGCUACCAGGCGGCACUUCUUUAAUAGAAAUGCUUUUUUCUCACGCUAACAUUAAGUACUGAAUUUAAUAAUAUUUGAAAUAGGAAAAAAUUUCAUCGAUCACCCAGCAAAUUAAGAGAGACUGCUUCUUUGGGUUGUAGCAUCGUUGAAUUUGUUCCUAUUUUUUAUAUUGAUUUAAAUUAUUUAGUUAGAAUAUUGCUUGUUUAUCAGAAUUUAUUUCUAUUAGAUUCUAAAUCAUAUAUUGUAUAUAUAAUAGCAUGCUUAUAUAUUUUACUUGGAUGGGAAAUUACAACCUGACUGUACAUAAAAUUAUGAAGAAAUGGGUACACGACUCGCGCGUUUGAUUUGAUUUGUAUCCUAUGACGCAAAUAGGAUCGAGUGUAAUAUAUAGUAAUUUAAUUGCAGAAUAUACAAGAAUAAUUGAAAAAAAUAUAUUGUAAUUUCGAUGUAACAUAUUCUCUUUCACAUUAGAUAGGCUAGACAUUAUUAUGUUACAAUUUUAUCAUUGAAUAUUACAUUUAUAUGAUUGUAUAGACUAUAAAUAAAAGUAAGGUCUUUGUGUAAAUAUAAAUAUCUUAAGUAUAAGCGGAUAUUUAGCGCGCUCGCAUAAUUAAGGAGCUUUUAAAGUAUCUCUUUACCAUGUAAUCGCAUAUGUAUGCGUGUAAUGUAAGAAGAACAGUUAAUAUUGCGCCAAAGAUCAGAUGCUGAGUACGAUGUCGAUCGAAUAACGCUAUCGACAUCACGUGCAGUUGGAAAAGUGGUGUACGUGUGAGAGAAGCUCAAUAAAUAAUUGGUGUUGAUAUUGUGGUUUGUAAACGGUGUAAAGUCUACAUGCUACCAUUUCCGCGCAAUCUACAAUAAUUAUGCCGAUAACAAAUGAUCACGCCUGUUUAUAUAUGAAUACUGUAGCCGCUUGAUGAGCUCCUUAAUUUUGUAGGCAAAGCUGCAAAUAUUAUAUUAUGUAUAUGAAUGUGCGUUUUAAGAUCAUCGGAUUGUGGUGAAGUUUGAUGACUUUAAAAAUCUGCUAUAUGCAAAACAUUUGUAUUUUUAGUAUUUGGUUAUACGACAUAUACAUAUAUAUACAUAUAUAUACAUAUAUAUAUAUAUAUAAAUAGCAGUAAAAAGAUAAGCGAUUGAUAAUAAUCCAAGUGGAUAAAAUCUAUAUAUAUAAAUAUAUAUAUAUAAAUAUACAUAUAUAUAAAUAUAUAUAUGUAUAUAUAUACAUGAAAUAAAGAAUUAGAUACCAUAUUAUAUUUGUAGAAACAAUUGAGCACGUGAAAGAUAUCGCGCUAUGAUUAUGGAGAAAAUAUUACAAUUAUAUUAUUACCUAUUAUUACACAAAGUGAAUACACAACAUAGUAAUUUGCUAAUUGUAUCUUUUAAUAAUUACUGUAGACACAUUGAUGAAAAAGGUUUUUUUCUUGUUAUUAAUUAUUAAUUACCAUAGACUUAUAAGAUAAUGAAAAAUGUGUUAUUAAAAAUGCAUUUGCUUGUUUUGUAUUACAUUCUACCCAUUUUCAUCGAGCGAUUUAUUAUAUUUUAAUUAUAAUUUUUGUUAUACUUGUGAAUGGCUUUUAAAAGUAUGCACACAUGAGUUACCGUCACGUGGGCUUAUAAUUA